AUGCGAGCGCAGGCUACUCUGGCCGAAAUUGCCUCUCCCGCUUCCGAGGUUCUCUUGAGACAAGUAGCAGCUCAACAACCCAAGAUCAGGCCCAGCUCUGACGGCGAAUGGUUGUUGGCCUUGUGCAUUUCACGAAGCCCGAAUCCUGGGCUUUGCCGCCGCCAAAAUCCCAUCCAUGCGAAUUCCGCUUUGGGCCCCCACAUCGAAGCUCGCCGCCAAUCACAGGUGGGCGUGGCCCCCUGUCGCUCGUCAUCUCUGGAGCUGUCGAUUGACGCUGUCGUUUCCUUUGAGGCCAGCUUGCGUCGCCCGGCUGUAAGGGACUGGACGUCGAGCAGCAGCGAGCACCACAAACGACCACCACUGCCGUAUACAAACGAACGACCCUUGGACGUCCUGCUCGAGUGCUAUGAUGCCAGAAUCACAGCUCAGAAUCUCUUGCCAAAGGUCUUCGCAGCAGAUAACCCCACGGACGAUGUUGCGACACCCGAACCUGCGGUUGAGGUCGAGCCCGCCGCGCUCUCAGGCGGGUGGACGCCGUACCAAAAUGGCUGGGAACUCGUCGAUGCCGCCAGAGCCGAACUCCGAAAGAUCAAGACGCCGCCGUCGCGGAAGAGCAAGAAGCCGGGUGGCCUGUUUGGGACAGUCUUCCGAUACGCCUUGAAGGCGCUGCCGAGUCUGCGCGUCAGCGCCCCUCCCGAGGAACAUGCCGCACCCGUCAUCAGCGGGCCCCUUCUCGAAGGCGUAAGGCUCUUGCAACAGGCGGCCGAUCUGGACAACACGGACGCAAUCUACCUGCUGGGAGAGCUGAACUUUUACGGCAACUACAGCCACCCGAGGAACUUCAAGGCAGCCUUCGACCACUACAACAGGCUGGCCUCGGUGACUGGAAACAGCUCGGCGCAGUUCAUGGUCGGGUUCAUGUACGCCACUGGAGUGGGCGACGCAGUAGAAAGAGACCAGGCCAAGGCCUUGCUAUACCACACGUUCGCCGCGAACCAGGGACACACCAGGUCGGAGAUGACUGUCGGCGCUCGUUACGUCAGCGGAAUCGGCGUCCCUAAGAGCUGCGACAUGGCUUGCAAAUACUACAAGAGGGUAGCCGACAAGGCCAUCGCGUGGAUCCGCUCUGGACCCCCUGGAGGCAUGCACCUCGUACCCGAGGCAUACAGGCUGGCCGAUGAAGUCGGCGGUGUAUAUGGCGAAGGUGCAAGCGUAGUCAGCUCGGGCAUUCACGCUUUUCGAUACAGCCCCAACUCGGAUGCGUACGCAGCCAUUGACGAUGUUAUCGAGUACCUCGAUUUGAUGUCUCAGAAGGGCGAUUACAAGGCUGCAUUCAACCUCGGCAGGCUCUACUACGAGGGCCAGCGCGAGCUUGAGAGAGACGUCGAGUUGGCUAGACACUACUUCCUCAGUGUCGCCACAAAGUUUUGGCGUGUUAAGGACGGCCGCCCCAACGACAACGUGAAGCCGGGACUAGAAAAGUAUGCUGCCAAAUCCGCUGGCUAUAUUGGCCGCAUGUGGUUGAGAGGCGAGGGUGUGAAGCAGAAUUUUGGCAACGCCAAGAAGUGGUUUGAACGCGGCAUCCAGUAUGGCGAUUCCCAGUCGCAAUGGGGCCUUGGCCUCAUGUCCCUAAAGGGCUAUGGUGUAGCUCAUAAUUUCCAAAGAGCCACAGAGCUCUUCAAAGCCGCAGCAGACCAAGACUUCGGAACUGCUCAGGUUGCCCUCGGCGCCCUAUAUCUGGACCAAGGAAACAAGGACGAUCUCAAGAUAGCUAACCACUACUUUGAAAGUGCGGCUCGCUAUGGCAACAUCGAGGCCCAGUACUACCUUGCUGAGAUGAUGCAUUUCGGGGUCGGUCGGGACAAGACAUGCCAUACCGCUCUCAAUUACUACAAGGUAGUCUCCGAGAAAGCCGAGCCGUUUCUAUCGUCGUGGUCAGAAGCCAACCAGGCGUAUGAAGAUGGGGACCUAGAAUUGGCUCUCUUGGAUUACAUAAUGGCCGCUGAGCAGGGAUAUGAAAAGGCACAAAACAACGUGGCUUAUAUUCUUGAUCCGUCCCAAUCGCGGCUCCCUCUACCGUCAUGGCUUAGGCGCCACACUCCAAAGUCGAAAUUACUCCAAGACUCAGCGUUGGCACUUAUCUACUGGACCCGUUCGUCUAUCCAGUCAAACAUAGAUUCCCUGGUGAAGAUGGGGGACUACUACCUCAGUGGAAUUGGCACCGAGCCUGCUAUUGACAAGGCAGCGCAGUGUUACACGGGGGCUUCGGAGCACUUUCAGAGCGGCCAAGCUCUAUACAACCUAGGAUGGAUGCAUGAGCAUGGCGUGGGCUUGACACAGGACUUCCACCUGGCCAAACGGUAUUACGAUCAUGCUCUGGAAACCAACGACGAGGCGUAUUUACCGGUGACUAUGAGUCUCAUGAGGUUGCGUCUGCGAAGCGCCUGGAACACAUUCACGAACGGGAAGAUCAACUCCAUUCAGGAUGAGCCUUCUGAGAAAAAGGAGUGGUCAUUGAGCGAAUGGAUCAACAAUUUCCUUCAAGAUGAGCGCCUCUACUACGACGACGUUUAUGAAGACCUGUACGAUGAUGGCAUAGUCGGGUCGGAUGGUGAACCCAUGGGCGACGACCUAGACGAGGCCGUCGUGGAUAGUCUGAUUAUCCUGUUCGUGGCAGCAGCAAUUGUGGCUCUAGUCUGGUACCGUAACGCGAGACAGCAAGCCCACAGACAAGCCGAGGAGAACGCAGCGAGAGAAGGCGGCGCCGUAGGGAGACAGCCCGCCGCACCGCAGCAAGGGGCAGCGCCUCAACCUAGGAAUCCGGGAGACCAACCCUUCCAACCCUUCGGAGCAGGUGGAAUAGGACACUAG